UUAAAAUUAUUUUGCAAUAAUUUUCUCGAAAAUUUUCAAUUUUGAAUUAAUCCUGGUAAUGGAUUCUACAUUAGAGAAUAAAGUUACAAAAAAUAAUUUAAAUGUUAAACAAGAAAAAUUAAAAAAUAUAGAUAUGGAUGAGUGUAAUUACACGGAUAAAGAAAAAAAUAAAAUUCAAUACGUUAAUAAAUGGAUAGAGAAGGAAGAAAAUAAUUUUGAAAAAAGUGAAGCCGAUGAUCAAUCAAGUAUACCUGAAAAUUCAAUUGAUGAUCAAUCAAGUAUUCCUGAAAAUUCAGAUGUUACUUCAAAUAUUUCAUACAAUAAUAAUUUAUUAGACAAAUUCGAUGAUCUUGAAAUAAAUUCUGCAGCAGAUGAUAAUGACUUCGAAUUCAACUACUUAAAUGAGAAUCAAUCUGUUCUAAACAGUAUAGAUGGAUUAAAACAAACCAUAACAAAAAUAACAAGUGUUUCAUCAAGUCUUAAAAAUAUUGGCAAUGUAAGUAUUGCAAAUUCAAAAGACGUUCGUAUUGGCAAUGUCACUUAUAUUACUGGUCCAAUACAUGUAACAAAUACAGGCGGUGGUAACAUUGGAAGUAUUAAACAAAAAACUUCACCAGACAAUCAAAAAAAUAAAAAACAAAAAUCAUUUCGUGUUAAUUGUAGUAAAACUGAUGCCGAAUUUAAUGAAGAAAAUGCUCCACGAAAAGAUUGUUUCUUAGGAAAUGAUGUUCAAUGUGUUAUCCAACCAACUACCUUAAGAAUAGUUCCUAGAAGACUAUGGUUAGCACAAAAACCAAUGAAUCCAUAUGAAUAUAUUGACGGUCCAGUGCCAUAUGUUGUUAUAUCUCACACUGCCACAGAAAGUCCAACAACACAACCUGAAAAUGUUCUAGUCAUACGUUAUAUACAAGUUUUUCAUGUGGAAGGACAAAAAUGGGAUGAUAUCGGAUAUAAUUUUUUAGUAGGAGGAGAUGGUCAAGUUUAUGAAGGAAGAGGUUUUGGAGUUGUCGGUGCUCACGCACAAGGCUACAACAGAAUGUCAGUUGGAAUAUCGUUUGUUGGUUGUUUCAUGAAAGAAUUACCAACGGAAAAUUCAUUAAAUACAUGUAAAUUAUUAAUUCAAAGCGGUGUUGAACAGGGAUAUAUUGCGGAAGAUUACAAAUUAGUAGGUCAUUGUCAAUGCAGUCCCACAGAAAGCCCCGGUCGAAUGUUGUAUGAAGAAUUAAAAACUUGGCCAAAUUUCUGCAAUAUUCCAAAAUUAUAAAUUUUUCUUUUCAUCUACUUUAAUUAAUGUACUUGAAACAAUAAUAGCAGUUAAGAACAAAACUUAAUAUAUUAUGUAAUUUUUGUAAUAAAAUUUAAAUACAAAAAUUUCAUUUUAA